AUGUAUAACAUACCAUUUGAUGUCACAGGUUCCUGGCUAGUCCCACUGAAAUCUUCAGACAGAAAAGUUCAAGGAAAGAUCUGGUCUAGUGGAAAGUUCUGUAACACAACCAGAAACAUCAAGGUCCUGUCUGAUGGUUCCAUCUCAAAACACGACCUAUACAUUUGUACAGGUAAGCGGGAAUUAUGCUUAGGAGUCGAGAGCAGUGACCCCCGACCUUUGGUGACCCUAAGCUCCGGGCUACAGGUCAUGUGUGACACAGUGACAGACGGUGGAGGAUGGACCAUUUUCCAAAGACGUGUUUCUGGGACUGUAAAUUUUACAAGGAACUGGACGGAAUACAAAAAUGGGUUUGGUGAUUUCAGUUCAGGUAACAUUUGGCUUGGGAAUGAGAAAUUGAAUAACUUGACAACAGCAAACCGAACAGAACUAAGAGUGGAUAUGGUCUUCAAUGGAACAAGUUAUUUCGCCAAGUAUUCCAACUUCUACAUUUCUAGCGAGGCAGAUGGCUACAGACUACAUGUUGGUAACUACACAGGAAAUGCUGGGAGGGACGAUCUACGCUACCAUGAUGAUAUGAAGUUUUCAACCUUUGACGUGGAUAACGACUUUGCAGUCAAUGGUAGCUGUGCCAUAUAUGGUGGGUGGUGGUUAAACAAUUGUUACUUUGUUCACCUUAACGGCGUGUGGUCAGCCACGGGCUUUCAAGGUAUCAGAUGGCUGAGCAUAAGCAACGACCCACUUUCAUUCACUGAAAUGAAAUUUAGAUAUUUUUAA